GUGAUCCCACAACAUUUGGUAACCUCAAAGCCUCCGAUGAGACAAUGAAAGCUGUUUUGAAUUCCAUCGAAAGUGGCAAAUAUAAUGGUUAUGCUCAUACGCAAGGACAUGAAAGUGCCCGCCGUGCAAUUGCCAAAUAUAGUGCCCACCAGAGUUCCGAAGAAAUAAAACCGGAAAAUAUUUGCAUAACCAGUGGUUGUUCUUCCGCCUUGGAAUAUUCUAUUUUGGCUUUAGCUGACAAGGGUCAAAAUAUUCUAAUACCACGUCCUGGAUUUUGUUUAUAUCAAACAUUGACCGAAGGUCUGGGUAUCGAGGUGCGCUAUUAUGAUCUCUUGCCGGAAAAACAGUGGGAAUGUGAUUUGCAACAAAUGGAAUCGCUGAUCGAUGAAAAGACCGCAGCCAUUGUCAUUAAUAAUCCCAGCAAUCCUUGUGGCAGUGUAUUCAGUAAACAACAUUUGGAGGAUAUUCUGGCCAUAUGUGAGAAAUAUUAUUUGCCCAUUAUUGCCGAUGAGGUUUAUGAACAUUUUGUGUUCCCCGGCGCCAAACAUUAUGCUGUCAGUUCGCUGUCGAAAAAUGUGCCCGUCCUAUCAUGUGGUGGCCUCACCAAACGUUUCAUUGUACCAGGAUGGCGUACUGGCUGGGUAAUAAUACACGAUCGUGAAAAUCGUUUGGCUGAAGUGACGCAAGGUUUGAAAAACUUGUGUGGCCGUAUUUUGGGUUCCAAUACCCUGGUGCAAGGUGCUAUUCCGGAUAUUCUGGAAAAGACUCCACAAAGCUAUUUCGACAGUAUCAUCGAAAUAUUGAGCGAAAAUGCAAAUCUUGCCUAUGGCAUGCUCAAGAAGAUUCGUGGCCUAAAUCCCAUUAUGCCCAACGGUGCCAUGUAUAUGAUGGUUGGCAUUAACAUUGAACAAUUUCCCGAAUUCAAAGAUGACACACAAUUCGUCCAGGAAUUGGUUAAUCAACAGAGUGUAUUCUGUCUGCCCGGCAGUUGUUUUGAAUAUCCGAAUUUUGUGCGUAUCGUUUUGACGGUACCCAAAGCUAUGAUUGAAGAAGCCUGUGCUCGUAUUGCGGAGUUCUGUGAAGCCCAUUACAAAGUCGAUAGUACGAUAAUUGAAAAUAAUCUACUGGAAGAGAUUCCAUAUUAGA